GUCUUUACUAUGUAUGGAAACUUCCAUGGGACACAUACCAGAGGAUAUCCCACAUGACUUCACUAAAAUUCGAAUUGAAAACUGCCACCUCACCGAGUUACCGCAAGGAUCUUUCUCUAAAGUUAGUGCCUUGGAGUUCCUUUGGCUGAAUUUCAAUGAGAUCGCCCUGAUGAACAUUAAAAGCCUAGAGGGGCUCGCCAGCCUGACAGAGUUGAGACUACAAGGGAAUAAGCUUGCUUCAGUCCCAUGGACAGCGUUUCAGGACACACCGAAACUCAAGAUUUUGGACCUGAAGCACAAUCAACUGGACGUCCUACCUGAACACGCUCUGAGGCACUUACCAGCCCUAACCUACUUAGAUUUAUCCUUCAAUCAGCUUACUGUCAUAUCGAAAGAUGUCUUUCUUAAUUGGCCUCUUUACCAAACAGCAGAAAAAGCAUGGGGGAAAGAAGGCCUGGUCUCCAAUGUGGUUUUGGCGCUGCAUGAAAACCCCUGGUUGUGCGACUGUCGCCUCAAAGGCUUUGUUGAAUUUGUCAGGGCGAUCAGCCCUCCCAUCAUUCUGAUGAACUCUUAUUUGAUGUGCUCGGGCCCCGCCUCCAAAGCCGACAAGUUUUUCCAUGAGAUCCAACUGAAAACAUGCAUGAAGCCGGUGGCCUCUGCCCCAGAGACUAACAUCACUUUACCCCUCGGAGCAAAUGCAACACUCACAUGCUUAGUCAAGGCCAGGCCAAGCCCAACCAUUCAGUGGAUGUACAGUUUGAAGAUUAUAAGAGGAUUUGCUGCUUCUGAGACUCACAUAGAUGAGGAGACUGUCACCUCCAAGCUGGUGAUACCCUCUCUCCACCUGGCAGACCGAGGACUCUACACCUGCAUGGCCAACAACUUCAUCGGCAACUCCUCUGUCAGCAUCAUGGUCAACAUCAGCUCCUCUAGCUCCUCCGCUCCCCUGCCUCCACCUGUACCCAUGUUGUCAUCUGACGAGAAUGCCUACAUUGACAUCCGCAUCGCCAAGCAGACAGUUUACGGUAUCACCCUUGAGUGGUAUGCAGCGACAGACAACCCCGCAGAGACCUGGUUCACAAUCCACUUUGGUAAAUAUGAUUCACCUAAAAAGGAGAUGAUCUACAUUGGCCCCGGAAUCAACAGCUACUCAGUCAGCGACCUGCUCCCCGUCACCAAAUAUGAGGUGUGUGUGACCUUAAAGAACCAUCCGCCCAGGGAAGGCCAGUGUAUUGUGUUUGUGACAGGAAGUGACAUCAGUGAGCUGGAGCAAAGAGAGAGGCUCAUCCACAUCAUAGUCAUUGUGUGCGCCAUGGUGCUGGCAGUGCCGGCCGGCAUGUACGCCUGCACCACGGAGGCCAGGUUCAGCUGUGUGGAGCGCUGCGUGGAUCUGUGGAAGAGGCGCAGGCUGCGCAGAGAGAACCUGCAGGGGUCUGAGAGGCAGGGUACUUUCGACAGCCUGCAGGCAACCAGCGAAGAAGGCCUGUGCAAGGACUCGGAGGAAAAGCCGAAAAAGAGGAGGAAGUCUGAGGAUAGGCCUAAAGGAGGGAGUGCAGCUCAUCUGUACUAGAGUCAAACCUUUGAGUAUAGCUCCAGUUCAUGCCCCUGAUGUGUUAGCAUUACAUUUAAGUCAGAAAAAUCAGAUGCUUGCUAUAGCUCUGUGACUUGAAUACAGUGAUAAUACCUAAGAGGCACAAACUGGAGCUAUACUGAGCAUAAGGUCAUCCUGUAAGUAUAAAUUUCAAGCUAUAAGCUCAAAAUGGAGAUGCCUUUCUUCCCUGUUAUAGGGAGAGUUUGUAAUUAUCUUUGUUAAUGUACUUGUACAGAAAGUUUGUGCUAAAAUGCAUUUGUUAUUUCUUUGAGUCAGUUUAUGCUUCAGAAGAUUUUUGUUAAGAAAUACGCAUUUUUAUUUUAUUUUCACAGACUACAGAUUUAUUGUAAAGGAAUGAAAUGAUGGUUGCUGUGGAUUAAAGGGGAGUCAAAGAUGAAUGCUGAGACAUACUCUGAUUUUUCAGCACAAUCACACAGAGGAUUUGUUACAUAAGCGGUGUUUUCCCGUGCAUUUAUACAUACACUCGUAAGCAGAUUAAAGCGAUUUUCUAUCUGAAUCCUAGUCAGCAGGACAUGAUAUUUCCAUUUAAUGACAGCUCUGAGCUCACUGUGUCUACCUACCUACUCUAACCCUAACCCUAACCCUAACCCUAACCCUAAGAAAUGGUGAAAAAGGUAGGAAAAAGGUAAGUCCUGCAUUUACAAUCCUGCUUAAAUAAAUAUACAAUGGUAUCAUCAGCUAAAUAGACUU